CCUCGGUAUUCGCCGAUGUUGUUGGACGUGUGUACGGUGAGGCUGGAGAACGCGAGUGAAAUAACUACGAUGUUCAGUGUCAAACGUAAAUGUGUGUCGUGAGUGAUAAUUUUAUAGUGUUCUGUUUUGGAACGUACGGCUUCUUCACAACAACAUGCUGACCAUGCAAAAUCUGCUUAGCAUAACAUUAAUAACCAUCACAGCUGACAUUGUUCAUACGCAGAAGGGUGACAUAAGAGAACAUCAAGGCCCACAAACAUGUGGCGGAAGAUUAAAGGGACCCGUUGGUAUUAUCCAAACUCCAAACUUUCCUAAUCCUUUCUCGGUUCCAAUCAAAUGUCGAUGGAUAAUUGAACACGACAUAGUAAAUGGGACUAUAUCGAUAUAUUUCACCCAACAGUACACAACUAGCGGAUUAACUUUUACUGAAUACAUGUAUUACGAUGAAUCGUAUAAAUUGGGUGAACGGAAAGCACUCACCGUUACGGAGGAGAACAUCACUAGGAAUAACUGGUUACAGGUACAAAGUCCAGUUCUCGUCGUCGAGCUUACCUUGAAUAGACUAGAAGGUACGCAGCUGAGAGCUCUGGGUCUCCUAUCAGUUUUUGGGUUCAAUAUGACCUACAUGGUGAGAGGACCCAAUGAUGAACCUGGUCCAAAGGCCUGCAGUACAAUAGAAUGUCGCCUUCUAGGACACUGUUAUGCUAGAUAUGAUUACAAGGAAUUCUACUGCGAUUGUUUUGAGGGUUACUCGGGAGCCGAUUGCGGAGUUGGGCCUUUAUGUCCGAAGACCCCCAACAUGUGCAAAAAUGGAGGCACCUGCGGUCAAAUGGGUCCAGCUGCAGUAAGUUGCAUCUGCGCGCCGGGUUUCACGGGUGAUCUUUGCGAGUCUCAGAUCGAAGCACCUGAGUGUGGCAUAGAAGAAUGUUCUGAAGGCUGCACGACAGGCGCUUGUGAUUGCAAUCCCAAAGAUACCGACGUCUCUUCCGCUCGUUUUGAAACAAGGCUGCAAAUAGUGGACCAAGGAAGUAUAAACAUAUCUCAAGAAAUUAUAAAACAGAUGACUAACUAUUUAAGAGCUUCCAAUAUAACUUUACACGAUGAAAUUGAAGUUUUAAACAUUAGUGCCCCUGAUGCGCUGGGUGCACGUACAGUGUGGCUUCGUGUAUGGGCGGAACGGCGAGAUGCAGGAGCGUUAAGGACUGCUCUAGCACGUUUAGCUGCCACUCGCACACGCACUGACAGGCUGCGCUUGCUGCCUGCUAUGCUGCAUUUUGAUAUGCAACCUGCUCUUAGUUUACACGCACUGAUCGUUAACCAGCGUCAGGAAGUGUGGGAAGGAUCUGAAUUUAUAUUGAGCUGCAUGGCGUAUGGGUCCCCUGACAUAACAUUUACUUGGUAUAAAGAUGGGGUUAAAAUAAACUUUAAUGGAACUACAAGAGAUAUUUGGACUCGAACAGUAGCAGAAGAUGCAUUAGGAAGGCGUAUGUCAGUAUUGGGUAUUUCUGAAGCUAAGAAACCUGAUAGUGGUCGGUGGUCUUGUUCCGCUGAUGACGCUGGGAGGAGACGGUGCAGUGCCCUGAGACUAUCCAUACUACGUCCUCCCGAUAUAAGACUAGUGCCUUCCAUGUUAACUGUAAACAAGGGAGAUAAUGUAAGCAUCACAUGUCUUGCUGGUGCGAGUCGUGUACACGGAGUAUUGGGAUUUAGUUGGGCCCGAGAACGAUCUCUGUUGCCACAGGCGCCCGGUCGCGAGGUUUGGGAGGAUCUUUACCCAGCGGGAAGCGUGCUUAAGCUAUAUAAUGUACAGAAGUCUGGAGAAUUCCGUUGUCAAGUAUCGUCAGUAGCGGGUACGAAUACUAAAGCCGUAACAAUGUGGACUCUCGGUUCUAAAGACGAAGCGUGUCCGAGUGAAGCAUCCCACGGUCUACGAUGGCCCAAAACUGCACCAGGAGCUCACGCUGCAACAACCUGCCCACCUGGACAUACUGGGGAAUCAAUUAGAUUCUGCGAACCUAAAACUACCCAACACGGUGUGAAAUGGGUCAUACCGGAUUUUUCUGGUUGUGUUGCGGAUUCCUUAAACGACAUUUAUGAGCAGUUUACUAAAAUCUCUUACGGUUAUUCGUGGGCUAAUGUUUCUCAUGUGGCACAUCAAUACGGAGCAGUUCUCCGUUCACUCCCCGCUCAACCUGGAGAGGGUACUAUUCCCUUAAAACAUGCUAAGAAUAUGCUUAACUAUCUCCUCUCCAAUGCUGGUAAAUUGAAGGAUAGAAGGGAAAGUGUGAACCAUCUACUCAUUAUAUAUGAUACGUUGCUAAAGCAUCCUGACGCUUUUUUAGAUGAAGAAAAAAUAUACGAUCUUCAAAAUGCUAUAGUUGAAACAGCAGGAAUGCGUGAUAACCUGGUUUCCGUGUACAAGGAGUUUGCCAUAAAUACUAAGCAAGCUAGAGAAGAUGGCGCUGCACACUUUAGUUUCACGCCAAUUCCAGGAUCUGAAGAAUGGUUACUAACAUCCGCUGGUGUAGAACUGCUUGGACGAAAUGGAAAUACGUCUGUGGUCGUUGUACAGUAUCGAAACUUAGCUGCACGACUGCCAUCAUUGAGAAGAUCUAUUGAAUUCAACUCAUCGUCUUCUAGGGGUGGUCGAGAAGUGGAGUAUGAGCUGGCGUCCGCACAAACACAACUUCACGCGCCAGGUUAUGCUCACAACGGACAUUCCACCACGUUGCUGUUUGUGCAUUCAAAAAAUUAUUCAGCAAUAGCAUCAAAAUUAGCUUGCGCAUUAAGAACCCCAUCAGAGCCGCGGGUCUGGAUAACGAAGGCUUGUGAGGUUCGUGUACCUGAGCCAACGCACGUGGCGUGUCGGUGUCGAGGUCUUGGCACUUUUGCGUUAUUCACUAUCGCCAGGUCUACCCUUUCAGACACAGAAAAAGACCUUCGCGGAAUUGUCAAGAUCACAGUAGGAUUGAGUGGUACGAUGAGCCUGGUGGCUGCUGCAUUGCAGCUUCUCAGUCUUUUACCGGGGAAACGAGCACGGCUGCCCGUCUUGUUGCGAGCUGUCACUGCGGGCACCCAUUCAGCAGCCAUGCUUACCCUCCUAGAGUGUGAUACCAGACAAGAGGAGGCUUGUCCUGGAGCCUUAGGGUGGGUAUGCGCAGCAUGCUGGUGCGCUGGUUGUGCGGCACUGUGUGCACAGCCACUGCUACUUCAAGCUGAGCUAGCAGGUCGGCGACAAAAUGCUCCUUCUGUCGCACUUCUUGCAGGUGUAUGCACCCUUGCUUGGUUGACUGCGCGGCUGUGGGGUGGGGCUCCUCUCCAGAUCGGAGCGGCAGCGCAGGCCGUGUGCGCGGCCGGUUGCACGCUAUUAGCCGUGUUGUGUUUCGCUCUAGCAAUUUGUGCUGCUGUAAGAUUGAGGACUAUAACGCAUAAAGUUCCAGUCGAAAGACGGACAUAUUUGAGAGAUCGGCGGCGUGUUGUACGACAUACAAUUGCGGUAUUAGUGACGACUAGCGCAGCGCAAGCGGCCGGUGUUUGGUGGGCACAACCGGGACCUCGGACCCUUGCUCUCGUUUUAACACUCUCUAUCACCGCUCUUCUUAACGGAGUAACAAUGCUGAUUUGCUACGUGAUAUGGGAUGAAGAGUGUUUGCAAUCAGCAAAGAGAGUACUAUCACUACCCUCCCAACGCGAAUGGCAAGAAUCCCCGGCGGGUGACACAUCACUUAGUUUAUAUAUAAAACAAGGCGGUGAAGUAGAGAGCCGGGGAGGAGUGGGUAUGUUGGAAAACACUUCAUCGCCCGUCUCGCCAGUGACGUCAUACUGGCGAGCUCCGGGGCUUGAGAGCCCAGCGAGGCUUAACAGGAUACAGUCGACGCCAGACAGCCGCGCAGAUAUAGUCCGAUGUGUGGAAUAUAAGGACGCACUGCUGAGUCCGCAGCGAUAUGAUGCUCACGUAGGCACCACACAUGCCGUUUGCGACCUCAUCCCACAUACCGCACCCCACCGGCCCGAGUACAUGGAUCGCGUGUGUCUUGAGCUUCGAGUCCUAAAAAACCCACCCUCAGAACCAGUUGCUCCCCUUCUUGCCUGUUCAGUUGACUUUGAACCUUACACAGGGAGACAGCUCGACACUUCCAAGGACGCCUGCAGCAUCUGCGUACAGUCCAACCCUGAUGUAUCUAAAAUCACGUCCCCACCUAUAAAAAGUUGUCUUAAAAAACCCAAAGAAGAUUUCACUUCGAGCAUUUCACUACCUUCCAUGGAAUUAAAAGAAGAACCAAAGACUAAGUCUGACAUAGACCAAGUAAAUAGGGAGUGGAAUAGAGCGUACGACUCACCGGAAACGGAUAGAGUAUUAAAUAAAAUAUCCAACGAUUUAGACUUUUUACUAAACAGGACUCAAGUUAAGAAGACAAUACUCGACCAAAUAGAAGAAGCACCCACUUAGGAUAAACGUACUAUCAUUUAACUAAUGGUAACAAGGGUGCAAUCACAUAGAAUAACUUGUACAUAUAGAUAUAUAAAUAUAAUAUAAUUUAACUGACAUAAUAAUUUAUGAACCAUCUAUCUGUACAUCGCAUUUUAUACUUAAUGUUGAUUCAAGUGUAGUAUCAUGUAUAUCUUUUAGUUAUUAAUAAAUGAAAUAAUUUUAAUUUAACACAGUAAGUAUAUUAAUAAAUAAACGUUUUAUAUUUCGUUAGUCUUUAUUAAAGUCGCACGAAAUAAAAAAGAUGAACUUCAAAGGAACCAAGUCUCUGAAAAUGGGAUUCCGUAGUUUUAAUGAACUAUCUUAUUACAAAUAUCGCUAGUCAAUAGAUUCAUACGUAGAUCUCUUAUUAAUACAAAGAACUUUAAUUUUUUUUCAUCUCUUCACAAUACAGCUUCCCUUCAAACUAAACACGUGUACAUUUUUAUAAGAUAAAUGAUUGUGAUAAUUUUUACAACAUAUUACUUCAUCAUUUAUAUUUUAAAUUAAAUUUAGCAAUUAAUAUUAUUAAAAAGCUAUAAUUUAAACGAUAUGAACAGUAUUCAAGUACAAAUUAUUAAUUUUUUAACAUUCUAAACGAAGUAACAAAGAUAUAUUAUAAAGACAUUUUACUUAGGUUAUUUAGGUAUAUUAGCCAAUUUUAGUUAAAUUUACAAAGUUACCAACCGCCAUUAGUAUUUACAUAACAGACGCAGAAGGCGUGAUAAUUCUCAAAAUAGAUUUAGUUCUAAAAUUCUUUUGUAUACGAAAUAACAUGUUAGCCAAUUAAAUGUAGUUUAUUUUUGAGAGUUUAAUAUUAAAAAUGUAUGUCCAAACAGAAUUUUUAAUAAUGUCAAAGAAUAUUGUUUUAAAUAAGUUAUUUACUAAUGAUACAAUAUAAAUUACAUUUUCCGUUGUCACGAGUACAAUAUAUAUUUUUAUUUAUAAUACAUUUUUUUACUAUUUA